UCAGCAAAACGAGAAAUAACUCGUAGAGUAGGUUAGAAUUCGAGUCAUCGAGCGUACGUAAGCAACGCGUGUGAGCUAUCAACUGAUUAUACCUACCGAUUUUAGUGCCUAUUAUAAUUUUGAAUUUUGAUCAUUUUCUAACAAUGUGAGAACUGUUACAUUAGAUACCUCUAUACUUAUGUAUGUGUUUGCGUGAUAGCAUGUUUGCUUUUGCCUUUCGUAGUAAGAAGUUUUACGUACCACUCCUUUCGUUAUUCGUUACUAUUGCUCUUCCGACACACGAAGAUGUUUUCUGCUGAAAAUGUUGUACGAGAGGACAACAAACCUUCAGAAAUGAACGGCACUGUCAAUCGUCUACAUUUGAAACCGGCACUUUUUAAAGCUAUUAGAGAAAUGAACUACGAAACUUUAGUAGAAGAUUUAAUUAACCCUGAUAUCGUUACAGAACAGGCGAAGGAAUGCCUAAUACCUUUCCAUAGAUUAUCCGAUAUUGAAAAAAUUUUGAUGUUCGUUGUUCCUAUCAUAAAUUCAAUAAGUUUCGAAUUGAAUAAAGUUCAAGCAAUCAUUGUGGUCAAGUCCAGAACAUCCGAAGAGUGUGAGGAAAUAGAAAAAACAAUUCGUUCGUUGACAAAGUUCUUCCAACCAAGUUGUAACAUUUUGCAUUUGCGAGAAGAAUCAAUUCGUCGUGGACCACCUACUCCAACAACAUGUCACAUAAUAAUUGGAAAGCCACAUUUUAUCACAAAUUUCUUGAAAACUCAAAGUACCGAUUUAGAUGAAGUAAAGUGGACAGUAUUUAACAACCUAGACGCAUUUAAUGAAUGUGAUUACGAAGUAGCGACAUACAUACCUAUAAAGAACCUACGUAUUAUUCAUACUUCAUUUUGCAAUAAGCGUGUGGAAGAAAUUGAAAAAAGACUUCGUCAAGAUGACCAUACCACUCAAGAUAUUCACUCGAAGAACGCGAAUAAGAAAAAGAAAAAUCGGAAUAAGAAGAACAAAAAAAACAACGUUAUGAAAAAAGCACCUACCGCUCAAGAUAUUCAACCAAUAAAAAAGAAAAAGAAAAAGAGGAAGAAAAAUAAAGAUAAAAAAAUUAAACUUUCUUCCAUAGCGAAGGCACUGGCUUCAGAGGUACCCUUGAAGCCUAUAAAAAUCAAGAAUAAAACCGUUGAGGAUUUGCUAGCUGUCAAAAUUAAGACUGGACCAAUAAAGUUAGAAAAUGAUGUACAAAUCAAAACCGAACCUAAAAUAAAGAAUGAACCUCUUGAUGAUUUUCAAACAGUCGAGAUAGAAGUCGACGUUCGAAAUAUUAAAACUGACACUGAGCCGAUUUGACUUUAUCCUAUUUUCUAUUCAUUAACGUAAAAAUACUGUUGUGAAAGUAAUAAAUUGUUAUACCCAGACUAAGAAGUUAUUUACAUAUGUAAGUUCAUUUUUUGUAUUUGUUCAUAAUAUAAUGUACGAAGUUA